CUGCAGUGUAGUUGCUCGUAGUCGUCAGUUUGUCAUCGAUGCACUUGGGUGUUGCACUUCGAUUCCAAUCUGGCAGUUAGUUCAAUCGCGACGGCAUCCGAGGUUAGACUGUGAAAUCCUUUCCGCUCCGCAAUCAUCGUUCGACCUUUGAGUAGGUUUUGAAUUUUGAUUUGCUUCGAUCGCGUUCCUGCCACUUGAUUGCCACCGAGAGGAUCGUGCAUCGGCGGCAUUCUGAAUGCGGGGGAAAUUUUGCAUUUGUCAAUUUGCAAUUUUUCUGCUUUUCGUCAAGUCCGCCGAAAGUGACGUAAAUCGAUGGUUUUGAAAAAAAAUCAUCCAAGUAAACACAUCGCACCACUGAUCAUCAUCGUGUGCGGGAGUUAGAUUCCGUCAGAUCCCGAAAGUGACACCGAUGAAGUUGUGAUUCUUUCGGUUUUGGUUGCUGGACCGCGUUGUAUGUUUCUUUCGUUUUUUUUUUCUUGCUGUGCGCUCUCGGACAUCCUUCGCCCGGUUACCGGGCGCGUGUGAUUGCACGAUAAGAGUUCACGUGCCGCGAACCCCGCUCGCUCGGUGGGUGAUGAGAAUGUGUGCAAAAUACUCCUCCGUGCGAUAUCAUCUGUUGUGAAAAUAAAGAAACUGAAUCGAAUUGAUGCUCAGCUGCUGUGAGUGGUGGCAGGGGAAAGAUGAAUAGUGAACCAGAAUAUGUGAAAGAGAACGUGGCAACGCGAAAGUGUGCUAUCAAUAAAAAACAACAUUGAUAAAAUUAGUUUACAGUCAAGUAACCGGAAAAAUACUGAGUGUUUGUGGUGACAAAUGAGAUAAUAAACAGUGAAGUUUCCACGUGUCAGUUAGCGGCUAUUUUAUUGUGGCAAUAACGGAGCAGCAGUGCAGUGUGUUCGGUGCUGUCACAGAAAAUUAGGCUGAGAUUUUGUAGUGUUUUUUGUUAUUGGUGCGAGCUCGGAACCGGUUACGAUUAAACGUGCGAAGAAGCGCAUAAUUUUAAACAGAUUCCGAUCCGCGCUGUGCAGAACGGUGAACUAUUCGUCCCUUGUUUUUUGAACGACGCGUUGUCCACUCGUCCAUUCGGCGCUACAAUCGCGUUUAGCAUGUAACAUGACUGAAGCACUUGCUCCAUGACCAGUAGUAGUAGUGCAGUAGCCUAGCGACUCGAUGUUUUCUGAAUGCGUCGUCUCUGAUGUGUUAUGUGUAUUGUCUCAUCUGACACCCGGUAUCGAUAUCUGCUGUCUCUAGGGAGCUUGUACGAUAUUUCGACCUCAUCGGAGAUAGCGAAGCACUGACACGCGCGAAGACGAUUGUGCUCGGUUAACAUUAUUAAGCUUAUUACCCAUUUAGGUACGCGGUAUAGUGAUUAGAAUCGGUGCGGGGUCUACGGAUUCUGGCAUCGGCAGCGAUAUCUAGCGGGUUUUUUGGUUUGAUCGUCCCGGGGUUCAUGGUUUCGCAGGAUCGCUGGAUGGUGACGAUGUCCGAUUCGGGCUACGAAUCCAGACCGGACGGCAACGGUGCGUCCAGUUCGAGCAACAACACCCAGAAUCCUCGAACGCCCCCGAACUGUGCCCGCUGUCGCAACCAUGGUCUGAAGAUUGCCCUCAAGGGCCACAAGCGCUACUGCAAGUAUCGCAACUGUGACUGCGAGAAGUGCUGCUUGACCGCCGAACGGCAGAGGGUGAUGGCACUGCAAACGGCACUCCGCCGUGCCCAGACGCAGGACGAGCAGCGGGCUCUCAACGAUGGCGAAGUGGCCCCCGAACCGGUACAUAAUAUUCACAUACCAAAGUUGUCCGAACUGAAAGAGAUGAAACAUAAUUUGAUGCAUAAUCCUCAGACGAGAUCGUUGAUCGACUGUGACUCGUCGACCGGAUCGAUGAACUCCACACCGGGCACAUCGUCCAUGGCGCUGCCACUACAUCGGAGAUCACCGGCGGCGGCUGUUCAUCCCGGGGAAGCUCAACAUAUUGGAGGUGAGGAAUAUGCCACAAAAACUGCCAAGAUGACGACUCCAAAUCACACAAGUGUAUCUCCAGAACCUGCCAAUCUUCUACCAGUGGUCUCAUCCAUUAGGGUGCAACAUCAUGGUCCAGAUUCAGGAGCAGAUGACGAACUGGUGAAACGAUCUCAGUGGCUACUGGAGAAGCUCAACUACCCCUGGGAGAUGAUGCCCCUGGUUUACGUGAUACUGAAGGGAUGCGACGGAGAUGUCCACAAGGCGCACCAGCGGAUCGACGAAGGAAAAUCCGUCAUCAAGUCCUACGAGAUACUACUGGGGCACCACGAUCAGGACAGGCUGUUGGAGGACGACGAGAACAUUUCGGUAACGCGAACCAACUCGACCUUCCGGUCGCGGUCCAGUUCACGGUCCCGGUCACGCCAAGCCGACACUCCCCGUGAUGAUGGCGUUCUGAAUCUGGACACGAAAACGAGAAAGGUUCCAGCCGACGAAGAACGGUUAGCGUACGACGAAACUAGCGCUCGCAGUAAAGAGUCGGAAGAGCUGAAGUCUCGACUGGAAAACGUGUAUCAAAGUAGUGUCGAACGGCAGAGCAGAAAGAAAAUAAAGCGGUACAGUCCGGUCGAAGAUGUGGACACUGGUUCUGAGCAGAAGACACAUCGGGAUAAUGACUAUCCGAACAGUUUGGAAGCGUUCCGAGGCGCAAAAAGCAAAAAACCUCCGUACAAAGAAGAAACGGUCAUACACCCGUACGAUGGCGACAAGGACAAACCCGAAUCGCUUCUACCAAAGAAUUACAUGGAGCAAUUGGACCUUCUGAAAUAUAAAUGCAAUGGAGUGGAACCAAAUAAUUUUCCACUACCAUUUCCUAUUCCCCAUCCGGUAUCAGAGGGCACGAAUCGAGUACUAUACCCGGCCGAGUUCCUGCCCUAUCUGCUGCAGCCGUAUCCCGCGAGUGGCAGCGAAUCCAGCAUCCCGAUGUUUCCGAACCAUUUCGUCGGAUACCCGCAUCAACGACUCUUCGCGGUUUCCGACGAUUGCUAUCCGAAGGAGGCGUUCAAGGUACCAAUUCCGCACUUUUCACCGAAGGCUUCGCAGUCCAAGGGUGACCCGUUCUAUCCACAUCGGAUAGAGCCAAGCCUGCCGCCAAAUCAGUCCUCUGUUGCACUCAUACACUAAUCGUAACCGCAUCGCGCUUAAGGUAACCAGAACUCGGACACGGUUGGCUGGUUGGGAUCUGACACGGAAACGCUUUGCUUUUGUGCUGCCGCUUUGCUACGCUGUUCGAUGAAGGUUCGACAACUUGCGCAUGGUGCGUCUCUCAUUCCUCGCCACUUGGUUACCACGGUCCCCGGUUGACCUUCACGGAUUGGAUUCUCGAAUAUUAGAUGGGAAUUAUUACUCAAACUAUCCGGAAAAUUUUAAUUGAAACAUCAUUCGAGCUUAUUAAAAAUUGGCCAUCAUCUCAAACCAAACGUUCUGUGUUUCUUCAAGCAGAUUCUAGCACCGCGUCCUAUAUUUUUGUUUUGCUUGUUUUGAUCUUGAAUGUCCAACUCAUUUACUGUGAUUGAAGUACGGAAUUAGACUUACGCGAUUCUCAACAAAUGAAAGUUGAAUGAAACAUCGUAUGCAAAGAAGGUGUGGGCCGUUGUAGAAUCUACAUAAUCGUAGUUGUUUGAACUGUGAUAAUAAAUUAAAAAGGUCAAACUUGGGCUCGAGCGGAGGUUCUAUGGUAUAUGAUAGGCCCGAAAAACGUUAUGUAUUAGCUCACUGUUUGAACGUGUGAUGUUGAGUUAGUAGAUUGCCUAAACUAAGAUGAUGUGAAUGGAAGCGGAAAUUGUGAUCCUCGCCGGCAGGUUGACGAGAAGCCCACUGAUGUUCUCAUGAUAAAGUAAAAAACUGUUCGCCAUUCGUUUUCCCUUUUUCUUCUCCUCAGUGUUGCCCCUACCUUUCAGCACAUCUUUUGACAUGCGAGCCAAAACCAAGUUUGUAAGCUAAGUGAAGCUGCUUUCAAUCUGUCGAAGUGUUGUCGUAAUACGCAAUGCACAGAUAGCCAUAUUUAAAUAGAAUAUAAUUCGUAGCAAAAGAUGUGCACUUCCAUUUACCGUUUAUUUCUACUAGAAGUCAAACUUUUGUUCUUCGUUUUUGUUAAGUUUCCUAAUACGGUUACAAUUACGCUACUUGUUGAAAUGUUCAAAUCCUAAUUUGUUCCGCAGAGCAGAGCUACGGCAAACAAGUGUUAUCUUAAUUGUACAGAAAAAAUGUAAGUAAAGUACAAUGAUUAAAGCGUGAAACAAAUUAACUCCAUUUCAAGUUCUGUUCGAACAAUCUGGAACAUCUCCCAUGGUUGGUGUUUUUUUAGCAAUUGGAAUGUGAUAUUCAAGUAGCAGUUUGCUACUGCUUCGACACUGUGUGACUUCCUUGGAUAAACCGAACAAAUGUAAAUCAAUUCAAACGAAACCCCCCCACUGUAACAAUACUCUCUAUCGACUUAAAAUUGUAAGCAUACCAAAACUUCUGCAACAACCGAAUCAUUUUAAUUUCUCAAAAUAAAGUUUCCUAUCCAAAUUUUACGAACAUCAUCCCCAAGCUUGUACGGUUCCAAAAAUAAUGCAUCGUCCAAUAGCAAGAAAAAAAAACUUCAACAUUUCAAAUUGCACUGUACAGUCAAAGCACUGGUUUGUACUGAGAACAAAACAAACAAACAAAAAAAAUCUACAAAGCUGAAUGUAAAUAUAGAACCUUUCUUAUCUUCCGCCGUUUAACAACUCUCGCUACAUGUGUCUGUAAUUUAAUAUAAAACCCAAGCAUAGGCAGUAAAUUGAUAAUAAUAAAUGAACAAAGAAUGGUGCAAAACACAAACACAGGAACGUAGCAAAUCAAAACUGACAACUGGAGGAAAAAGGUUACUUACGAAAUGACGGUAGACUAUGAAAAACCCAGCAAUUUAAAAUGUGAAAACCAGUUGAUUCAAUACUAGAAUACUAAGUUAAAGCUGUAAGCUAAGCUGUUUGUAAAGUCGAUGAAAAAUCACACCACUCUUUUUGUCCAAUGCGCGCUGAGUGAAUAGGAACACGGUAUAGGACCGUUUCAUUCUUUCGAAAAGUGCUAGGAAACCUAAGAUUUUGCAUCUCGAUGUGGUAGCGCCAGGUGAGUGCACUACCGGUACUGGUCGAGUCGAAUGGAACCUAUCCAUUCGGCUGCCAGCAAUAGUUUCAACGAUUAUAAUUAUGAAUUAUGGCAAAACAACAGUAACCGUAAUAAUGAAAAUAAAUUAUGAUUUGAAAUAUGGA